AUGGCUGUCGUCAUGAGGUUCUUUCGGCUGCUUAAGCGGGCUUGGCAAAAGAUUACUUCCUGGGUUUUCUUCUGGAGACGCAAAACUAAGUUAACCGUCACGGGGCGCUCUGGCUCCAAGAAGUGCGCAGGGAGGGAGGCAGAGGAGACUUCCAAGACAACUGAGACGUUCAAGUUGGUCCCGUCCCUCGGAGAGGCCACGCUCCCCGAGCUGGAUGAGUGUCGCAAGCUGGCUGAGCCCUGCGUGCUGGCCAAGGCAAUAGGCGGGACCGAGCUGGAGCCGGGCCGCGAGGGCCCAUCUUUCCUGCGGCUGCCCCAGACAGCUGUCCGGUCUGUCUCCACGCUCAUGGUCUCUGCCCUGCAGACUGGAUGGCAGAUGUGCAGCUGGAAGUCAUCCGUGAGUUCUGUCUCCAUCGCCUCCCCGCUGAGGACCCAGUCCCCUCUGGAGACGCUACAGGCCGAAAUGCUGUGGGAAAUGUACCUGGUGCUGCUGGCCAUUCGGAAACAACUGCGGCUGCUGGCGCGCAGGCAGGAGAGGCGUAGGCGGCGCCACGUCCGGGCCCACACGUCCCCCCAACCCAGCCCGGUUCAGUGCCUGAAAUUGGACGCCCGAAGUCCCCUCUAGGGGGGACCCCGGGUCCUCAGAGAGCCCCCACCUCACGUUUAGGCAAAGCCGUUAGGAGGGGCCAGGGCGUAGGGCGGCCGGCCAGAAGCUGUGGGCGAGGAGAUAUCUCACACUGUCCCCUCUCCCUGGGAGUCCAAGACCAGGUCUGCCGUCC